AUGCCGCCCGCUCUUACCAGGGUCGUGUACAUUGUCCGGCCAGGACCGCAGACGCAGGCGUGCGUCUGGCAGAUUUACGCCCACGUGAAGCACACGCUCGACAGCAGAAAGGAGGCCGUUGCCGGCGCAGAGGGUGUCGACCAGCAGCCCCGGCUCGUCGACUUCAAAGUGCCCCGCAGCACGUACUUUGGCGUCGGCAGCUACAUCAACCAGGUGCAGCUGACGUUCCGGACCGACUCGGAGCAGCAGCGGCAGCAGUUGGCUGACAUGCUCGACACGCCACUGCCGGAACACGAGAAGUUCAGCUUCACUAGGCGGGAGGGGAAGCCCAGCAGCAGCAAGCAGCAGCAAACGCCAGCUAAGUAG